AUCCAAGAUGUCUGCGCCCAUUCAAGAAGAAACGAAAGAAGUUUCUUGCGUGGAUUUUCUUGCUUUUCAGGAUGCGUUGAAGAGAAUGCGACUCUUAGAUGAUAGAAUAAUAUAUUCUUUAAAUACAUCAAUACCAACAGAUUCAUUUUCAAAAGAAGUCAAUGCUGCUGCUCAAUGUGAAAAAUUAUAUAAACAGAUGAGUGGAGCAUAUCAACAAAGAGAAAGAAUUAUAAAGAAAUGUAUAACUGAAGUUUCAGAUAAUGUUAAUACACUGAGACAAGCAAAAACUAAAAAUGAAGAUGAUUUAGAAAUUAGUAAAAAUCUUAGAAAAGAACAAAAUAAGUUAAGAUUAAUGCAGACUGAAUUAAAUAUAGAAGAAGUACUGAAAGAUAAAAGCUAUAGGACCUUUGAUGAGAAAUGUAGAAGAGUUUACACUAUUCCUAAAUUAAAUGUAUGAUGAAGUUGAAGAUAUAAGAGUAAAUGAAGUUAUUAAGAUAAUGGCUAAUACAGGGACAGACUUGUACUGUUACUGCUUGUAAAUUCCAGAGCUAUAUAUAUAUAUAUUAAGAGAGAUAGCGUCUGGUUAACUAUUGCCUCAAUUGUGAUUGCAGGGUGACAAAAUGCCUAUUUUGUCUGAAAUUAGUGCUAUGAAAUUACAGAUUUUUAUACAGUUCCCACCUCUAAUAACCCACUAUGCUUUGUACAGAACUCUCUUUUCGUUUGUUUUCACUAACACUCAUUACGUUAUAUUUGACCUGAUGUCAGUCUAAUAACUUGCAGAUUGGGUAACAAUAUGGCGGCAAUGGCCACAGUUGGCCAGACUCUCUUUGGUAUAUGUCAUGUUAUAUUUGAGUAUUAUAGGUACAAGUAGUGAUUAUUUGGUGCUAACUCUGGAAAAUACAAUUUAUUAGUGUUGAUACUUUGGGCACACUGUACAAUUUAGGGACACACAAUUAUUGAAAUUAUUGUGUAUCUAUUGUAUCUCGUGUUAAUAUGUUUAAUUACUAAAUGUCAAUAUAUGUUUCACUCUUCAAUGAUUACGGUAUAACUGCAUGUAUUUUGGUGUAUAUAUAGUUGUGUCCAAAAGAUCAUCAGUCAAGGUCAACUACUUGACAUUUUUAAUCACAACAUCACAACCUUAAAAAAAUAACGUAAAACUAGGAGAUAAGAUAGGUUAUUAAUACAUGGUUGCAUUGAAUUUUAUAUGUUGAUUUAUUUUGUGGGAUGAAAAAUGAAAUGGGAUUUAAUUAUAACCUUUUAAAGUCUUGACAAGAUAUUUCAGUGCUAUAGAAUCAUUUAUAAACUAAAUAUUGUGAAAGAUGAACACCUAAUAGGAACAUCAGAUCAAUAAUGGUUCAAUUCCGUUUUAAAAGUAUUUACAAAGAUAUGUGGAAUUGAAAUUUCAUUGAUCUUUUCUAUUCGCUGUGUAAUAAGCCCACUGCCAUUUUGUUAUCCGUGAAUUUUCUUUUUAAAAUCCAAGGCGGGACAUUAUCUAGCAUUGGUAUUUGGAUUUGAUUUUCUUCAAAUAAUCAAUCUGAGUACAUAUUAGUGUGCAUUAGGCCGUGAGAAAUUUGAUUUUUUAAGCAAAAAAUUCCAAUGACACAUUGUUACUUUAAUGUUCUACUUUUCUGUAGCAAGUAGCUAAUGAAGAUGUCAGAUGACAGUCUGUCUUCUUGAAGGUUUACAUCCACAGAGAAAGCCAGUGUGUUCCACUGUUGACACAGUAGCCUAAGCUAAAUAUGGAACUUAACUUAAUACACAGGCUGAAUUUCAUUUAAUAUUUCAAAACGAAGAUUUAAUCAUAUAGGACUGUUCCCAUGGCUAAUCGAAAUAAUAUACCUGAUCAAUCCACAAAAAGUACUUUAUUUUCAUUUAAAUCAGAUCAGUGUAUUUACAAUUUGUGAAGUGUUGUUUACCAUAAUUACAUCUUGUUAAGUUGUGGUUACCACAAUUACAGCCUGUUAAGUUGUGUUUAUCGUAAUUACAGCCUGUUAGGAGGUGUUUACCAUAAUAACAACUUGUUACAUUGUGUUUACCACAAGUACAACUUGAUAAGUUGUGUUUACCAGAAUAACAGUCUGUUAGGAAGUGUUUACCAUAAUUACUACUUGUUAAGUGGUGUUUACUGUAAUUACAACUUUUGAAGUGGUGUUUACCAUGAUUAUAACUUUUGAAGAGGUGCAAACUGGUACUGUAAUUACGACCAGUAACAAUUAUAAUUACAGCAGGAUUACAGUGGCAUGGGAUAUAUAUAUGUACAUGUAUAUCAUAAAUCAAGUCAGGUUUUAUUAUAAUAAUUAUCAGGGACAAAAUGGUACUUUCUUUUUGAGUUUGAACUGUUUUUGACUGGCAGUGAUUUUGUCCAUUUACAUAGCAUAAAAUAAGAUAUUUCAUAGAAACUAUAACUUUUCAUAUUAUUUGAAAAUAGGUUGUUUCUCGAAAAGUGUAAAUGUAUUUAAUAGAUAAGAAUUCAUCAUAAAUGAGUCUGAAAUCAUUAAACAUUGUCAGACAUAUAAGCAUUAUAUUCAAAUCAAUGCCAUUAUCUGUAGAUAAUAAGACAGAUGUGUUCAGUUAGAUUAGGAUUAUAGCUUAAAACUGUUUUAAACCUGUCAUUAAAAUUGAUGCCAUGUCAUCUGGAAACUUCAUCUGGAAACUGCUUUCAUCUAGCAACUAGUUUAUACCAUGUUGAUUUUCGUCAAUAAAAAUGGUCUUCAUAAAGUCCUGUUAAAAAAGUAAAAUGUUAGCAAACAAAAACAAAAUGAAAGUACUUAUUUAACAGGACUAGAAGUUAAUGAUAAGGAAUACUUAAUUGUAUUAAUUGAAAGGAAGAUUUUAUAGCAUAUAGUGGAUAUAGAUGUAGAUUAAAUUUUUUAUAUGUAACAGUAUAUGAAAUGCUCUUUUUCAAAAUGAGUUAAACACCAUUCAGGUCUUUCCGUUUAGAACAAAUUUUAAAUAAUAUAAUUAUAUCAGUCUCACUAAGUUGGGUGGUCAAGUUGUCUAUCCAGCAAGCUAGGUUAUCUAUGCAAGGCAUGGAUUUAAUUUGAUAUAAUCCCACGGUUGAAAACAACAAGUAGGGUCACCUUCCUGACCUUGUGGGUUUUCUUUAGUUACUCCAGUUUCUCAUUCUUCUAAAGAUGUCUACAUGCAAGUCGACUGUUGGGUUUAAAAUAUCCUGUUAGUCCCACAAUGACCUAGUCAGAGGUGAGUGGAUGUUAAACUACAAAUAAAAUAUUAUUUCUAAAUCUUUGGUAUUUUCACAAAAAAACUUACUCUUCCACCUAAAAUCAGCACAUUUUGGAAAAGAGCUCUGCAUGCAUGUAUAUAGAGUAUGUGAGUGUGUGUCUAAAUAAAUAAAUAGUUAAUUGAAAUUAAAAAUUAUAUUCUAAA